AUGAAGAUUAUCUUUUCCUUUCUCCUUAUAAGAAAGGUAUCGUGCUACUUCUUAUUUGAACUUAUCAACGACUUUGUGGGCUAUUAUGAGGACAUGUUCUUCCCAAGCUCCAUAGGGGCAUGGGCCAUACUUGCAGGGUCGUUUUUCGUGACCUUCUACGGCAUCCGCUUUCCAAGAAUAUCCCUGGCACCAUACAUAGCUGCAAUAGUUUACUACAACUUCUGCGAUAUAAAGGAAGGUAUUAAUUCUAUCUCACCAAAGACAGUGCAGACAUACCACAUUCCUCCAGAUAUAUUGCAAGGUUCUAAAGAUCUACUUGGAGGGAGUAGCACCGAUCCCGUUUCCUUAUGGGUUGUCUCCCUCUUUCUGGCAUCUGCUCUUGUGUGGUUUCUAGAAAUAGCUAGUGGCCUACUGUUUGUUGCCGGGCUUUAUGUUAUAUACAGGAUGUUUUUUCAUAUAGGCUUUGAGAAAUACAAGGAGACAGAUCCGGAAAUCUUCUAUACCCUAUUUCUGGGAUCUUUUGUAAUUCUAUAUUAUGUAACAAGAAGAAUGGUAAAGUACCUGCUUAUUCUCUUGUUUGCCGUUACCGGAUCUCUUAUAUUGUUGGUAUCAAUCGAACUUAUCACUGAAAACUAUGCCCUAGGGUUCUAUGACUUGAUUCUGGACCUGGAAGAUACUAAGUAUCUAGAGGUUUCAUCUUUACCUGCCCCGUUAAGCGUAUGGAUAAUAACCUCGUUCAUAGGAAUGUUUUGGCAGUGGAGAUCUUCACCAGAUAAAAAUUAG